GAUGCACAUGUCCUUUUGGUGGGGCUCCGACGUGGGCGAUGUGUUCUUCUCCGGAGUUACCGUUAAUGGCACGGGACCAAUGGUGGCACUCUGCCUCACACUGACAGCGCUAUCCGUUGCCUACGAAGGGCUGAAGAUCCACGGUGCUAAGGUACGCGCACGUACGGCAAGAGAACGGGUACGGUCCGGAUCGUGUCCGCCAAGUGAAAGUGCCACACUGCUGUCGCUGGAAGGAAGUGUCAGCAAUGGUCCACUGACCGGUAGCACUUUGUCACGCCGGAUCCGUAGGCUGCUUUCGGAAGCGAUUACGUUCCUGUUCCACAGCAUGCUAGGAUAUGCGCUGAUGCUGACGGUGAUGGUGUACAACGGGUAUCUGUUUAUUGCCGUGGUUGGUGGUAUGGGGCUCGGGUACUUCCUAUUCGGGCAUCUUUCGAUGAAGGUGAACAUGGAGAAUAUUCAGGCACAGCAGACAAAGAUGAUCUGUACUACGCGCUGUUUGCAGCAAGCUGAAAGCUGCGCAAUGAGCCAUUCGGCACCCUGUCCAACCGGUAAUCGGUAAACCCGUCCGCAUCGACCAGUCUUGAGCAUUAUCCGCGUAGCUCGUCAGCAGACAUCGAAAGUGCUUCAAACAGUCCGCCUAAUGCCGUAGCCCAUAGCUCUGGAUGUCAUUAG